GUGCCUGACCGUACCGAGCCCCUGGCUGGGGCUUGCACCACAGUUGCUGGGCUCCUGCCAGGGAAAGGCUCCUCGGGUAGUUGCGUCAAAGGGCGACUGCAUGCGAAGGGGACCACACGAGCUCUCGGUCUGCCGAAGGAAUGAAGUCCUCCUGAUUAGGGAGCUUCUUUAAUUCCUCACAGACUAGGCAGGCAAAUCCCAGAUUAACCUGGCAGGGUGGGAAGAGGAUUAGAGAAGCGGUUCCAGGCAGCAGCUGGCGGAAGGCAACGGAGGGUAUCGGGGGCUUCAGCGAGGGAGGGCCACGGCGUGACAGCUCACCUUGCAGCCAUAGGGGGAGAGGAGGAAGAGGGUUCUUCAUACUGCCCCAACAGCGGGAGCACCCAGCUCCCCACACAGUAAGCGAAAGGCCAGCGGCAGCUCCCGGAGGUGGCACAUGUGGCCAGUCAAGAAAGGGAGAUGCCCUGAGGCAGAGGCUCAGCGCGUGUGACCUGCGCCUGGGGGUGGCAGGAGCUGGCCAUGGAGGAAAUCUACCUGCUGAACGUGGAAGGCGUCAAGAAGAAGAUUUUACACGGAGGCCGAGGGGAGCUGCCCAAGUUCCAAGAUGGGAGCAAGAUCACCUUCCACUUCCAGACGCUGAAGGACGACUUUGAGCGGACAGUGAUUGAUGACAGCCGGGAGGCCGGCAUCCCCAUGGAGCUCAUCGUGGGCAAGAUGUUCAAGCUGGAGAUCUGGGAGACGCUGCUCAGCUCCAUGCGGGCCGGGGAGGUGGCUGAGUUCUGGUGCGACACCAUCCACACGGGCAUGUACGCCCUGGUCUCCAAGGGCAUGCGGCGGAUCGCCGAGGGCCGCGACCCCCUGGAAGGGCAGAAGCACCGCUGCGGCAUGGGCAACAUGUUCGACUACCACAGCACGGGCUACGCCGACCUGGACGAGCUGCAGCGGACGCCGCAGCCCCUCAUCUUCAUCAUGGAGCUGUUCCGGGUGGAGGAGCCCUCGGCGUACAAGCGUGACACCUGGGCCAUGAACAAGGAGGAGAAGCUGGCGGCGGUGCCCGUGCUGCACAGCGAGGGCAACCGCCUCGUCCUCCGCAAGGAGUUUCGGCAGGCGGCCGAGAAGUACCAGGAGGCCGUCAUCUGCCUGAGGAACCUGCAGGCCAAGGAGAAGCCGUGGGAGGACGCCUGGCUGAAGCUGGAGAACCUGGUCACGCCGCUGGUGCUCAACUACUGCCAGUGCCAGCUGGAGCUGGGCGAGUACUACGAGGUGCUGGAGCACACGACGGAGCUGCUCCAGAAGCACAACGGUACUCGCGGCCUGGCCCCACCGUGCCCACGGCCCCGGGGACCUGCCCCCACGGGGCCCGUGUCCUCCGGCUGCUUCUGCCUGUGAUGCUGCUCACCCCGUGUCCCUGGGUCCCACCUCGACUCCCAUGUGCCCUGGUUCCCCCUGCCCUUGAGGGUCCUGGUGUCCCUCUCCCCAUCCCCUUACCCCAUGGGGGUGCUGGUGUCCCCAUGCCCAUGGGGGUGCUGGUGUCCCCCUUCCCAUGCCCAUGGGGGUGCUGGUGUCCCCAUGCGGGGUGCUAGUGUCCCCAUCCCCUUACCCCACGCGGGUGCUGGUGUCCCCAUGCCCACGGGGGUGCCGGUGUCCCCGUCCCCUCACCCCACGCGGGUGCUGGUGUCCCCAUGCCCACGGGGGUGCCGGUGUCCC